CACGGUAGAAGCUCACCGCUGCUCUUACAGUAGGACAGAUGCGGAUCUGUAUCAUGUUGAUGUUUUCUCCUUUAUUCCUGCUGUGAGGAGCGCUUUGAAAGUGCGUUCCAACGAUGAAUAACUGACCUCACCUUUUCUCUCGGAUUUCGCGUCCCAUCUCUCUCCCACACAGCAUUAAUAGGCCAGUUAUCCUCCUGACCCAGUGAGAGACAACACUCUGAGCUUUAAGAAAUAUUUGGUCAAGAUUUGGACAGAAUGGGAUACGCACACUGCUGUACCGUGCUCGUUAUAGUAUUCCUUGCGCUACAGCAAUCUACUGGAUUUUGGCUCUUCGAUGUGGUCUUCCCACCAAGUGCCAAACUUCAAAACAAAGUGGCAAACAAUAGCACUCCGCCGGUUCUUAUAGGUGAGCGUUUCAAUUUCUUGAUUAGUUUGCUGUGACGUUACAUUUUAUUUAUUUUUUAUUUUAUUUAACCUUUAUUUAACCAGGGAAGCCAGUUGAGAACGAGUUCUAAUUUACAACUGCGACCUGGCAGGUGAAAGGCCUAUUACACUGUGCCAUUGGAUUAUGUUAAUGUUUUAUAUUAUUGUAAUAUUGUUGGCUUUCUUAUAUACUGAAAGACAAAAAUGUAGUUAAGAUAGGUCGAUGUUCUGCCUGGAAGCCAGUUAUCUAUGGUAUCUACAAUGAUUUAGCUUUUUAACUCAGUAGCAGGUGUGAAUGCAUGGUCCUGGGAUAUAUAUAUUUACAUCAUUUAGUAGACGCUCUUAUCCAGAGCAAUUUACAUUUAUACUAGUCCCCUGUGGGAAUUAAAACGCGCCAAGCGCCAUGUUCUACCAACUGAGCCACACAGGAUUCCUAAUGCCAAUGGCUGAGGGCUGGACUGGGGUGAAGAGCAUACUGGUAUUCUAAUUCAGCAUUUGCGGGGACAAAUAGCAUAUCUGCCUGGAGAGGAGAGUGUUGGGUUAAUAAAUGUUUUAUGGGGGCAGGAAUGCCAUACAUGAUGUCCUAGGAGGUGCUGUGUUGGGGAACUGGUAGAGCUUGGAUAAGGGUUGGGGCUCAGAUAUAUAUAUAUAUACAGUGGCUUGCGAAAGUAUUCACCCACCUUGGCAUUUUUCCUAUUUUGUUGCCUUUCACCCUGGAAUUAAAAUUGAUUUGGGGGGGGGGGGGGGGGGGGGGGGGGGUUGUAUCAUUUGAUUUACACAACAUGCCUACCACUUUGAAGAUGCAAAAUAUUUUGUAUUGUGAAACAAACAAGAAAUAAGACAAAAAAACAGAAAACUUGAGCGUGCAUAACUAUUCAUCCCCCCCAAAAUCAAUACUUUGUAGAGCCACCUUUUGCAGCAAUUACAGCUGCAAGUCUCUUGGGGUAUGUCUCUAUAAGCUUGGCAAAUCUAGCCAUUGGAUUUUUGCCCAUUCUUCAAGGCAAAACUGCUCCAGCUCCUUCAAGUUGGAUGGGUUCCGCUGGUGUACAGCAAUCUUUAAGUCAUACCACAUAUUCUUAAUUGGAUUGAGGUCUGGGCUUUGACUAGGCCAUUCCAAGACAUUAAAAUGUUUCCCCUUAAACCACUCGAGUGUUGCUUUAGCAGUAUGCUUAGGGUCAUUGUCCUGCUGGAAGGUGAACCUCCGUCCCAGUCUCAAAUCUCUGGAAGACUGAAACAGGUUUCCCUCAAGGAUUUCCCUGUAUUUAGCGCCAUCCAUCAUUCCUUCAAUUCUGACCAGUUUCCCAGACCCUGCCGAUGAAAAACAUCCCCACAGCAUGAUGCUGACACCACCAUGCUUCACUGUGGGGUUGGUGUUCUCGGGGUGAUGAGAAGUGUUGGGUUUGCGCCAGACAUAGCGUUUUCCUUGAUGGCCAAAAAGCUCAAUAUUAGUCUCAUCUGACCAGAGUACCUUCUUCCAUAUGUUUGGGGAGUCUCCCACAUGCCUUUUGGCGAACACCAAACGUGUUUGCUUAUUUUUUUCUUUAAGCAAUGGCUUUUUUCUGGCCACUCUUCCGUAAAGCCCAGCUCUGUGGAGUGUACGGCUUAAAGUGGUCCUAUGGACAGAUACUCCAAUCUCCGCUGUGGAGCUUUGCAGCUCCUUCAGGGUUAUCUUUGGUCUCUUUGUUGCCUCUCUGAUUAAUGCCCUCCUUGCCUGGUCCGUGAGUUUUGGUGGGCGGCCCUCUCUUGGCAGGUUUGUUGUGGUGCCGUAUUCUUUCCAUUUUUUAAUAAUGGAUUUAAUGGUGCUCCGUGGGAUGUUAAAAGUUUUGGAUAUUUUUUUAUAACCCAACCCUGAUCUGUACUUCUCCACAACUUUGUCCCUGACCUGUUUGGAGAGCUCCUUGGUCUUCAUGGUGCCGCUUGCUUGGUGGUGCCCCUUGCUUAGUGGUGUUGCAGACUCUGGGGCCUUUCAGAACAGGUGUAUAUAUACUGAGAUCAUGUGACAGAUUAUGUGACACAUAGAUUGCACACAGGUGGACUUUAUUUAACUAAUUAUGUGACUUCUGAAGGUAAUUGGUUGCACCAGAUCUUAUUUAGGGGCUUCAUAGCAAAGGGGGUGAAUACAUAUGCACGCACCACUUUUCCGUUAUUUAUUUAUUUUGAAUUUUUUGAAACAAGUUUUUUUUUUUCAUUUCACUUCACCAAUUUGGACUAUUUUGAAAUCCAAAUAAAAAUCCCUUUAAAUUACAGUUGUAAUGCAACAAAAUAGGAAAAAUGCCAAGGGGGACGAAUACUUUUGCAAGGCACUGUAUAUAUUUAUUUGAUUGGUCAAUGUCUUGUGUCUGUUUGAUGGGACAAAUCACACAAUCCUGUUAUCCUCUUCUUUCUCAUCUACCAUUGUUGUAUGCUCUUUUUCAAAUACUUGAAUUCAAGCUGUUCUGAUUGUAUCUAACUUGUUCAAGAAGUUCUACAUUUAUCACUUUUGACCAGUGCCAGGGAACCUAGGAAACCAACUUGAGGCUAAGAUUGACAAGCCAUGCCUUGUGCAUUGGAUGUGCUACAAAAAGACUGAUGACUUUUUCACACUCUGGAUUGACCUAAAUAUGUUCAUGCCAAUUGGGAUUGACUGUUGGAUUGAUAAUAUAAGGUGAGGGGGAGAAUGAAUAUAAUCUAUGUCAUAAUUCUGUUUAGAUAUGAUCAUUAAUUCAUUAAUUUCAACUUAAUACACGUAUGAAGCAUUUGCUAAUUGUUCACUGUUGUAUCAAUAAAAAUGCACUGUAAGAGAGCAGCAUAUAACCACAACUCUAUUUUCACAAGUUUGAUUUUGAGUGUUGGCCAUUUUAGUGGUUGGGAUCAUUUCUUUAUGCAAUAAUAUUCUGUACAUACUGCAUAUUUCCUGCUACAGAAUUGUAUACAAUAGGACAACUGGCAAGACCUCGAAUUCUGCAGGAGUGACAGUGAGAGUGCCUGGUUUUGGACAGACAUAUAGUGUUGAGUUCUUGGACACCAACAAGCUGGCAGGUGAGAACAACCAUAAUGAGGCCAUCUUUUCCUGUAAAUGUUUUAUUUUUAAUUAUAACAUUAAAUUAAAUCUGUCUUUUUCCAGGUUAUUUUCAUACUAUGGUUACGCAUUUGGUCAACAUGGGAUAUGUCCGCAAUGAGACCAUCCGAGCAGCACCAUACGACUGGAGGAUAGCUCCAAGUAAGUGACAUCAUGGACAUAAACACACAUAAACACACAAACCAUCCAACUGACAAUCAAUUUCCUGUCAGCAAAAUUACAAGUACAACGCAUUAAUUGUUUGUGCAAACAUGCUUACACAUCAUGUGACUGUGUCUAUUUGUCUCUACUAAUCAGAUGAGCAAGAUGAAUACUUUGCACGACUGAAGAAGCUGGUUGAGGAUAUGUAUGAGGAGUAUCAACAACCAAUUUACCUCCUGGGACACAGCAUGGGAAGCAAUUAUGUCCUCUAUUUCUUAUAUCAGCAGACCCAGGCUUGGAAAGACCAGUACAUCAAAGGCUUCAUUUCACUCGGUGCACCCUGGGGUGGAGCAGUCAAGCCCCUUCGAGUGCUAGCGUCAGGUACUGUAUGUCACAAUCCUGUGGAUAGAUUGAAACAACCUCACCCAUAGUAGAAACAUAACUUAACCUAAAACAAUCUGAUAAACCUUGCUGAAGUACAACUUAUUAUCCCAUAGAUCACAUUGACAGUUAUCACUACAUAUUGCAAAGUCGUUUUACUUGAGAUGAUGCCCACAUCUUAAUUUUCUUGAAAGGAUGGUAGGACUGGUUUGUCUGGAUUGCUUUGGUGAGUCACACAUUGGCUGGAGAUUGCAAAAUGAAAAAAGGUUUUCAUAUAAUUUGUCUCUGCAGGUGAAAAUGAUGGCAUCCCAAUGGUGUCUAACAUCAAGAUCCGUGAGGAGCAACGGAUGACCACCACAAACCCCUGGAUGCUUCCAUUUGAAGAGGCAUGGCCUGCAGACCACGCCUUCAUCUCCACACCCUCAUUCAACUAUACCCACCAGGACUACCAGCGCUUCUUCAAAGAUAUUGAUUUUGAGGAUGGCUGGUUCAUGUGGGAAGACACCAGAAACCUGACCGCAGGUCUGCCCCCUCCUGAUGUUGAGAUAUACUGCUUCUAUGGUGUGGGGCUGCCUACACCAGUUACCUAUAUUUAUGAUGACCAGUUCCCAAAUGUAGACCCUAUAGACUAUGUGUAUGCAGAUGGGGAUGAUACAGUGGACAGUCUUAGCAUGGGUCUAUGUAAGCGCUGGAUAGGGAAGCAAGCACAACCUGUCCAUGUCAAGGAGUUCAGGGCCAUGCCCCACUUGGAAAUAGUAUUCAAUAGCAAGGUGCUCAACGUGGUCCAGAGUAUCCUGGAAGGAAGAUAUGAGGAAGAGGAUUAUGAAUUCCAUGAGACUGAUGUACUUCCUGCUGACCCCCCUGUCAUGCAAGACCAGCCCCUGCCGGAUCAGCCUCCCAAAUCUACACUGUAAAAUGUUGGGGAGAUGGUGCACGUGAUGGCCCUCCCACCUACACUGUACAGUACCAUUACAAACAACAAACUAUCUUAAAUCUCCUUAAUAGUAGAGAAAGACAUACACCUUUAGUGUGGUGUACUAGAGUCGACUGCAAUAGAGUUCCUAUAUCAUGUGUAUAUAAAUUACCUUUUUUAAGUGUGUGGCUGACUGCACAUUCCUGACAGGCUGCAUGAGGGCA